AUGAAUUUCCUCAAGAUCAUGGACUGGAAACCUGUCAAGGUGUUCAGGAUGCUAUCAAGCAACGCCUCUGCGUUAACUCUGGAGAAGGCAGAGAGUCUUAUUGCAUACGGAAGGCGCGGGUCUGCUCUUUCGGAAAUCUUCAGCGUGUGCGGGCCAGACACUCCUGCAGCAGCAGUCAUUGGUCUCGGUACCAUCGUCGAGCAGGAUCCCAUACCAACCCCCGAGGAGCUGGAGGCACUUUAUAAGAUGGUCUUGAUGGACCGGACAAGAAACAAAACACCUUUUGGAGAUCUGGUCCGAGCGGGUGGAAAUCGUAGAAAUAUUGUCAUUUUCAUCCGCCACUUCUUUUGUCCAGUAAGAAAGAGCUAUUACACUGUAGCGAGAGACCGAAGACGCGAUACUGACACUAGCCAUAGNAAUUGCUACGGAUACGUCAAGGCUUUGGCCCACGAAAUGCCGCCAGAAAAGCUGGAACAGAUGGAUCCGCCGACCACUCUCUCAAUCGUCGGCUGUGGCGAUCCAGUACUCAUUCAAAACUACAUGAAGAUGACCAACUGCCCUUUCGACAUCUAUGCAGACCCGUCCCGCUCAACAUAUACCGCUCUCGGACUCUCCGUGAACGAGACUGCAGCCCCAGACGUCCCACAAUAUGUCUCAAAAUAUUCGACCACAUCAAUCUUCAAAGCAAUCUUGAUCAGCCUUGGUCUUGCGGCCAAAACGAAAAAUGUCUCCGCGGGAAAGAAGAGUCAGAAUGGCGGCGAGUUGAUCUGGGUAGACGGACAGAUUCAGUAUAUCCACAAGAUGAAACACACCAACGAUCAUCUGGAGGUGGAUCAGCUCGACUAUCUAUUAAGCAAUUAUUGCAAUGCUUGA